AUGGCUGGACAAGUGUAUAAGGAUAAGGCUACAUUGAAAGAGGUGAUGGAGAAUUAUGCUAUAGCUCAAAGGUUUGAAUUCCGGGUUGAUAGGUCUAAUGCUGUCAGUUAUGCAUUAUCAUGUAUUUCAGAAGAUUGUGAAUGGAGGUUUAAGGCUUCAAGCAUUAACAAAUCAGAACUAUUCAAAGUGAGAGAAUUCAUUGAUAACCAUACAUAUCCGCUGAAGGACAAGGUGUAUGAGCAGCGGCAGUCAAGAAACAGCCUUAUAUGUGGUAUGAUAAGGCCUAAGCUUACAAAUUAUAAGAGGAAAUACACCCCAAAGGAUAUUAUUGAUGAUGUGAAAUCAGAUUUAGGUGUAGACAUUAGCUACAUGUUGGCGUGGAGGGCUAAAGAAAAACCCAUUGUUGUUGUGGAUGGAAGUCACCUAAAAUCUUACUACACCGGGACAUUUGUUUCGGCAAGCACGCUGGAUGGUGCAGAGAACGAUGCUGCUUGGACGUGGUUCUUUGAGCAAUUCAAGAUAGCAUACGGUGACAGGGAAAACAUGUGCAUCGUUUCAGAUAGAAAUGAGAGUAUCAUUAAAUCUGUAUCGAGAGUGUAUCCAAAUGUACCACAAUUUGCUUGUAUAUGGCAUCUAUGGAACAACGUAUAUAAGAAAUUCAAAAGGAGUCAUGCCAAGUUGAGCGAGAUAUACUUCUCGAUGGCAAAAGCAUACACACAAGCUGAAUUUGACAGUCUAAUGGAGAAGGUGGAGAAGGUAGAUAUUAGGGUGAAAGAAUACUUAGAGUUAGCUGGAUACGAAAAGUGGGCUAGGUUGUAUGCACCUGUUAACAGGGGACGGACAAUGACGUCAAAUAUUGCUGAGUCAAUCAAUGCCGCAUUAGUUUCAGCAAUGGAAUUGCCAAUAUACAACUUUCUCAAAGAAGUUAGGAAGAUGUUUGGACGUUGGAAUUGUAGUAACCGCAAAGAAGCUACACAGACAUACACGACGCUUGGAGAAAAAUACCAGGAGAUGCAUACUUUGAAUGAGGUGGUACCAUCAACUGAAUACUUACAUACGGUUAACGAUGGAGGGAGGAAUUACACAGUCUGCAUGUUAGAGAGAAAAUGUGUUUGUGGGAGGUUCCAAGUUGAUGAAUUGUCAUGCCCACAUGCUUGGGCUGUAUUGAAGAGCAAGUUUCUAAUGCCAGAAGAAUAUUGCUCUAACUAUUACAAAUCAAAUACUGUUGUAAUGACAUACGAUGUGCAUGUGUACCCGCUACCAGACAGAUAUGACUGGAAUAUACCAGCACAUGUUGCAGAGGAGGUUGUACUACCACCCAAAUGGAAAAAACCUCUUGGAAAGCCAAAGAAGAAGCGCAAUAAACCUUUAAGUGAAUUGCUGCAGCCAAAAAGUCAACAUUCAUGUAGCAUAUGUGGGCAGGGAGGACAUAACAAGUGA